AUGGUCCUCAAAUGUUUAUGCUUUGGUGAUUCAAAGAAGGAGAAAAAUUAUCCGACAGUAAUAGAAGAGCUAUGCCAUCGAUUUUCCUUUGAAGAUCUUAGAAAAUCAACCAACAACUUUGACGAUAAACUAGUAAUUGGAUGGUCAUCCUUUGGUAAUAAGGUAUACAAAGGUUGUCUCAAACAUAAUGAUGCUGCAACUGAUCAUACCAUUACAUUGAAGGUGAUGGUGCCUCAUUACUCCAUCCAAGGUUCACUUCAAUUCAAGAAGGAAAUUGAACUGCUAUGUCAGCUUCGUCACCCUAAUAUAAUCUCUCUAACAAGCUUCUGCGACCAAGAAAAGGAAAAGAUUGUUGUGUAUGAGUACAUGGCCAAUGAAUCACUUGGUGAUUACUUGAGAAAUAGGAAUAGGAAUAACCAACCACUGUCAUGGAAGAAAAGACUAGACAUCUGCAUUGGAGUAGCACAUGCUCUACACUAUCUUCACUCAGGAGCCAAGCGUGCUAUCAUUCAUCGUGAUAUAAAUCCAAGUAAUAUUCUUUUGGAUAAGAAUAUGAUGCCCAAACUUACAAAUUUUGGGAUAUCAUUGCAGGGAGGGUUCUCUACAUUGAAGCCAAAGAAAAUCAAAGUAGAUAAGAUUGUAGGUACAUCUGCAUUGAUGGCUCCGGAGUAUGCUAUACACGGUAUUGUUACUGAUAAAUUUGAUGUUUUCUCCUUUGGCAUGGUUCUACUAGACGUGGUAGGCCAUAAAUAUAAUGAAAGGCAAACUCUUGAGGAGACAAUGGAUCCAAUUCUGAAAGGAAAGAUUGCACCAGAAUGUUGGCAGGUAUUCACUAGUGUCAUACAGAGAUGCUUGCAGCACGAAGCAGAUGAGCGACCUACAAUGGGCGAAGUUGAGAUAUUGCUUGAGAAUGCGCUCUCAUUGCAGGAACAAGCUGAUAUUACAAACACCAAUGCUGCUCACUAUACUCUAUUAUCCACUACUUCUUUGUCCGAUAUAUUUUCACGUUGUAUAAGUAAUGAUCAUCUGACCUUUGAUGCUUCAAUGGAGGAAGGCUUUUUCUCGGAAGAAAGUAGUGACUAA